AUGGCUUUCCGCGUAAAAGUAAUGAAAGGCUUAGGCGCUUUCAUGCUUUUGAACAAUAUUACGACUCUAAUCUCGAGAGGACCAAGGGAUACCCCGCAAUCUGAAGAAGCCUGUCUCUCGAAAUAUAAAGACUUUGCUACAGUUGUCUCUGAUAAUGUUUUGCCCCGUCACAUGGACAUUUGCGAUGCAACUCCGAAAAUUUACUACAUUAGAAAUUAUCUAAUUCUUCGGAGUCAUAAGCAGUAC